UUAUUGAAAGAAUAAAAUAUGAAACAGUCUAUGUACAGUGUGUUUGUACUCUUGGUCUUAUUCCUCUUUCUAAGUGUCGCCAUGACGAGAAGUAGCGGUAGAGGAGCAAGGGGUUCUUAUAGAUCUGGAAGCAGAUCAACAGGGUCUUGUAAAGCAGGCACUACUACAUGUGUGAUUAUUCCAAUUGUUUGAGUUAUAGGCUUCUUCAUCCUAAUCUUUAUUAUUUUCCUCAUUUCUCGUUAUAUUCAUGCUGCUAAAAAGAAAAAGAUUCAGAAAAUAUCAGAAAAGGCUUGGAUGGACUCCAUGAAAAAGCUGGAGUUGGAUAACAAGCAAAAAGAAGAAGCUUCUAAGCUUGAAAAGUUACAGAAGAGGCAAGAAGAGCUAAAGGAGAAUCAACUUUUCAUAGACCAGACAGACUACUCAGUAAAUCCUCAGCCACAGGCCCAAUUCGUGAUGCCUGGAACUGCAGUGCAGCCAACUUAUCAAGUUGUGAACCCUUAUGCAGGCAACCACAACUAUCAACCAGUUCCUGUGGUCUAUGACCCUGCAUCUUAUGGUGUUCAAUAUAAUGAAAAUUUGCAGACUCCAGAACAGAACAUGCUGUAUACUCCUAUCACCCCAUUCGGAGGCACUAAUGAUUCUGCGAAACAAGGCUUCAACGUGAAUAGUGUGAAGGUGGCUACUUAUGAAGGAAAUGAAUCUGCUAUUAAAUUAGUUUAAAUCACUAAUUGGAAGGUAAAAUAAGAAUGUCCGUUGGAGAUAUUUU